AUGGAUACUACUCAGAUCUAUGCGGUUGUCAUCACUGGCAUUACUUUGGUAUUUCUACUGCGAACCGGGGUUUCCUCGUUCGCUCCCAGGCUCAUUGCCACCAUUUCCCGGAUACACCAAUACUUGAGUUAUACCUAUGUUCUCAAUCGUCACGCCUUUAUGGGUCCCUGGACUGUGACCGCAGUCUUGCUGCGCGUCAUAUAUCUGGCAGUCAACGUGGUGUGUUUGGGUGUUGGUGUCGCCGAUCUGUCGCAUGCCGGACGCCGCGCAGGGACGUUGUCGGUCAUCAAUUUAGGUCCGUUGUUGAGUGGUCUUCACCUCAACUUUCUGGCCGACUUGUUGGGUCUCUCUGUGGGCGCCGUUCGAGCUGCCCAUCGUACGGUCAGCUUCGUGGCUUUUGGCCUGGCCGCUUUUCACGUCAUCGUGGUCGCCGUGACCGAGCGGGCCUUAUUUCGGAGAGAACUUGAGAAACCGUCCGUGGUCAUUGCGGCUUUGGCAUUCUGCAUACUCAUCAUCACUCCACGAAGCUUGGUUCAGAAAGCGUCUUAUGAGAUCUUUAUUCGACUUCAUCAGAUUUUGUCGCUUCUUUGUGCAGCUUCAAUCUGGCAACAUUUAUCGUCAGUACGGUGUCCGGAUCGAUUGUAUCUUCUCAUCUUUCUUGCCUUAAUGGCGGUGGCAUUCGCUUGCGAGGCCGUGUUGGUUCUUGUCCGCAAUGGAUGGUCGUUCCGUCAACGUUCACGGGUCACCGUCACGAACUCGUGUGGGAUGCUGAAAUUGAAGGUGCAUCUCUGCAAACCUUUGAAAAUCGAGCCUGGCCAGUACAUCAAUCUAUGGGUACCCUCCGUAGGCCUCGGAGCCUUUUGGCAGAGCCAUCCGUUUAUGGUCGCCUCUUGGUCCACUGAGGCGCAAGAAUGUCUGGAGAUUUUUAUCCAGCCACGGCGAGGCCUCACGAGAGAUCUUCUUCACAUUGCUCGCCCAGAUGGACCUUUGGUGUGCAAGUGGGCCAUGUUUAGCGGACCACAUGGGAAUACUGUCGCGGUUGGUGAGCACGAGACGGUUGUGUUGAUCGCUGAUGGAGUCGGAAUCGCCUCUCAAGUGCCAUACCUGAAGAAGCUGAUUCAUGGCUACCACAAUCGUCGUGUGAUCACUCGUAGGAUCCAUUUGAUCUGGCAGAUCAGUGACAUUGAUGUCGGCAUUGCCGCGCAGCCUUUUGUGAACGAUGUGCUGGAUGAAGACAAGCUGGAGAGUGGUGGUAUCCUCCAGGUCUCUAUCUACGUCAACCUCGACGAUAUUUCCAAGAUCUCAUUUGGAAGACGAAGCACUGUCUAUCCUGGAAAGGCCAACUUUGACCAACUGGUGAAGAGCGAGUUAGCAUUCAAUGGCGAACGUCAACACGACAGAAUGAAAGGCUUUCCCGGAAGUCUUCCCUCCACCCCAAUUCCCGCCGAGUAUAGAACGCAAUACGUCCCAGAUCUGGCGCGACGAAGCGCCCUUUCCGAAUAUUCGACAGAUGAGUUCAUGCAACCAUGGACAAACGUGCCACUCCAGAGUGAGCGCAGUGGACUUAAUCCGCUCACACAGGACAAGCGGCAAAUGUCCGAAUUGCGGCAGACGUCGCAGGGCUCGACCCUUAUUCUCAUGUCGGCAUUUGCGGAAACCCGUGACGUUUUGCGGAGAUUGGCACGACGGCAUCUUCAUGAGAAGGUGACCUUGGUCGAGACGGAUUUCCAGCCCUUCAAGAGAUAG